UUUCGUGUGGAAAAAUAUUUUUUCGUCAUUUUUUUUGCUUUUUUCUCUUCACAAUUUCAGUUAAAAUCGUUUUUCGCGAUGAGUGACGAGGAAGACAGCAACGAAGAGGAUUGGAGUCAGCUGAAGACGAUCAGAACUUUUGACAUGGGAAGCCACGAAGAUAAAAAGACCAAAUCCGCAAAAACCACAACCGAGAGACGCUACAUUUUCAAUGACACCGAAAUUUAUGACGUUGUAAAUGUUUCCACGAAAGCCACGACGCCCGUUUCGCUGCUUGUCGAAUCUUUGGUGCAGCAACUUUGUGCGAUGCUUGAACCCGACCCACAGAAAUCCGUCAAUUUGUAUAACAUCAUUUGCGAGCACUUGCAUAAAAUGAAGCUGAUUGACGAGAGUUUCAAAUUGGGCGAAUUCGAGUUGAUGCGAAGUCAGUAUCAGCGGGCACUUUAUCAGUUGGUUUCGAUUGCGCGUGGCGAAGGUUUGCCCGUCGAACUGGAUAGUGUUUGGCCUCUUGCGCAACCAUUGGGACUCGAAUGGUCACGUUACCAUCGGGAAUUUGAUGAGAUUGGGUUCAUCGCGGGCGGCGGAUUUGGCAAAGUAUUCAAAGCGCGUCACAAAUUAGACGGAAUUAUUUAUGCCGUGAAGAAAAUUACGCUGAAAUCGACGUCAAUUAACAACGUUUUGCUCCAUUUAGCGGAAGUAAAGACCUUGGCGAGUCUCAAUCACUCGAAUAUCGUGCCCUAUAAAGCUGCCUGGCUUGAACCUUUACUCACUUACAACACAAAUAGCAUGAUAAAAGACAAAGAAGAGGGCGACGAAGAGACAAGCAGUGACGACGACGAAGAUUCGGACGAGACAACAACCCGAACCGACAAAUAUGUCACGCAAAAAUUCAUCGAACGAACGGAUAGUAGUUCGGAUUUCAUCCAAUUUGGCGACGAAUCGGCGGAAAAAGCUCCCAACGACACCGAAACAAGUGAUGCCGAAGUUGCCGUUUGCAAAUAUCGUGAUCGUAAAAUUAGUAUUGAAGCAAAUCAACCGCAUGUCAAGCUAAAAUGGGCAACGUUGUUCAUUCAAAUGACCAUGUGCCAGCUAACUCUCAAAGAAUUCUUGGACCAACGUAACAAAUCGAGCGAUUACGAGGCGUUUUACCUUAAAUUCAUCCUGGAACAGCAACAACCGCCGCAUGAAUCACGUAGUAGUAGUUUUAAUUAUUCAAGCACUUAUCGGAAAACGACGACACGAGAAUCUUUCAACAGUGACGACACAUCAACGACGAGUACGGAAGAGUCAGAAUUUACUGAAGUGCAUCACAGUCGAUCGUUUAGCGAGUCGAGCGUUGAUGAGUCCUUUGAAAAUUCGUGGUUUAAUCAGGACAUGACGCACUUGGAUGUCGUCACAGACAUUUUCACGCAACUACUUAACGGGUUGAGUUACAUUCAUUCGCGGAAAAUUGUGCAUCAUGACAUCAAGCCGAGCAAUAUUUUCGUCAGUGUCGAGCCAAAUGGGAAGAUAAAUGUUCAGUUGGGGGAUUUUGGAUUGGCUUGUCCGUUGCAGGAAGCGCAUACGGGAGCGGGAUUUGGAACGCCACUGUAUGCGGCGCCCGAACAACUUGCUGGAGAGUGUAAUUUCAAGAGUGACAUUUAUUCCCUUGGCAUAAUCUUACUCGAACUAUUAGUGCCCUUUUCAACCGACAUGGAACGCGCCAACACCAUUAAACAAGUCCGUAGCGGAAAAUUGCCCGAAAAUAUCAACGUUAAUUUCCGUAGUUUACUUAAACGAUGCAUGCACCAUUCAACGAAUCGCCGUCCCGAUACCACACAACUCAUAGAAAUAAUGAAUAAAAUUAGUAGCAACAAAGAUCACGUCAUCAACGAGUUGCAAAGGCGUUUAAGCGAACGCGAUGUCGAAAUUAAAAACUUGCGAGCCGAAAUGGAAGGACAAAAACGCGAUAGGAACAAAGAUAUGCACGGCAAAGACUUGGAAAUUGAAAAGUUGAAGGCGAAAAUAUUGGAAAUGGAGGAAAAAGUUCGUUCCGAACAGAGAAACGGGAAUGAAGAUCGUUUGAAAAAACUGCUGAAGAACAUUGAUGACAUACAAUUAGAAUAAAAAAUUGAUUUUUUCGAGAUUUCUCCUGCUUGCGAUGUUACUGAAAGAAAACAACAAAU